AUGACACGCGAGCACGACGCUAUCGAGAAAGCUUUUCUAGAGUACAAAUGGGAAUCAUCUGAGUCUUGGCAACAAUACUACAGUAAUCUUUACCCAAUACCACCUUUGAGCAAGCUUUCUAAAUACAAGCGCGCGUGGUACCGACGUACGGUGAAUCCUAAUUUACCGGAAGACUCUGCGGUAGGGGAGGUUGAUCCAACUACUUACAGCGGGCAAAGUGCAACUAGAGUUGAAGCUCCACCGAAACCGCCGCAUCAUAACACACAUAUGCCGUCAAUGAUGGUUAUGAAAAUUUUAGUGUCGAUUGAACUUGCCGCCAGGAUAUUUUUCCUGGCGGCCACGAUCAUGAUGCUCGUGUUCCGUUUGACAAGGUUGCUUCCUCCGCGAUUGUUUGCUCCUGUAACAGCUCUUUCCAUGGCAUGCUGUUACCUUUUCCUUUUGAUCGCACUGUUUAAGGACAAGGGCAGGCCAGCUUUAUCAUUGGAUUACGGUCGUUCUAUUAUGAUGGAUGAGAAUUUACAUUACCUUACGUAUUCCGUGGCUGUGAUGAAUGUUCCGAAGGCCUUUGUGUUAUUCGCUCCUCAAGUGUUAACCUGUGUGAUAGGUAUGAGCCGUCUCUACCUAUACUACCAGAGAUACAUCCCUGGAAUACUCAGGUUGGAUUUCAUAAAUCACGCUUUACGAUUGGUUGAUGCCCACAGUGUGGACAUUUUCAGUGUUCGUGCGGCCCUAGAAGUAGCAGCUUUGAUCCACAUGAUGCUUGGAAUGUUUAUGGGUCUUUCUAAUUUCAUUGGUUUGAUCCUUUACGUCAAUUUCAUUAGGGUGAAGGUCGCUGUUAAUGACGUGUAUCUUACUGGAAUCUUCAAGCAAUUCCACGAAACCAUCACUAGGUUCCUGACACACCCGAUUGUUCCUCCUGCAAUACAGAACGGUUAUGGCGCUGUGACUCGAACUAUCAUGAAGUAUUUCAAGCCUGCUGGUAGAUACUAG